AUGCGGCCCCAUCCCGCCCCAAUGUUUGCUCUGCGUGUCCCAGAGCUGUUGCAUCCAGUUGGAUACGAGUAUCUCCUGCUGCCGUUGCUUCCACUUCAGUUCCAGUUUUGGCUGCUGGUUAAUUGCAUGCGACUGCUGCAACUCACGGCUGCCAACAUGCGGCAAUUGACAUUGAUCAGCGCUGACCUUAACGGAGUGGGGUUCCAGACAUCCGGUCCAGCCCAUCCACCUGCACACCUGCCCUUCCACCCACCUGCCCACUGGUCACUUAAUGCGCUUAAAGCGAGACACAACGAGAGACCGACAGAAGGAGGUCCUGGAAUCCCCUCAUCAUUAUGCAGAUGGAUACACGGAACUCUCCCCCAAGGCAUGCAAAUGGAAUGCGAAAAGUGCGCCUACGACAAAAGUCUAGAGUGCGGGGGAAUGGUAUGA